UUUAAACACACAGCUCCACCUUUAGACCGUUUUAUUUUAAAUUAGUCAUGUCAGCUCACUUCAAUGAGACACUUUUCAGAGACACUGUUAUGUUUUAUCUCUGUCUUUAGGUCAAAUACUGGACUGUAUUUUUUUUAUUUCUUGCAUUUUCUGUAUUGAGAAGGACUUCUGAGGAGCGGUUCUCCUGCAGAAGCUGAUGGAUCUCUCAGACUUCCCCUUCCCUCUCUCCUCUGCUGAUGACCUCUAUGACCCCUGCUUCAGCACCAGCGACCUCAACUUUUUCGAUGACUUGGACGCGCGGCUAGUGCACGCGGGCCUGCUGAAGUCCGAGGAGCACCUCCACCAGCAAGCGGCCACCUCGGAGGAGGAGGAGGACCAGCAUGUGCGGGCCCCGGGGGGCCUCCACCAGGCCGGACACUGCCUGCUGUGGGCCUGCAAGGCCUGCAAGAGGAAGACGACGCACGCGGACCGCAGGAAAGCGGCCACCAUGCGCGAGCGCAGGCGGCUCAGCAAAGUCAACGACGCGUUCGAGACCCUGAAGCGGUGCACGGCCUCCAACCCCAACCAGCGGCUGCCCAAAGUGGAGAUCCUGCGCAACGCCAUCAGCUACAUCGAGUCCCUGCAGGCGCUGCUCAGGGUCGGCCGGGACGACGCCUUCUACCCGCCGCUGGACGCGCACUACAGCGCGGACUCCGAGGCCUCCAGCCCCCGGUCCAGCUGCUCCGACAGCGCAAUGGAUUUCAUCUCUCCCGGUUCAACCACAAGUGAAAACAGUGACGGUUCCUACUGUGGACAGACAGCAGAAGAUUGCAGCAGCAGUAAAACAUCGCUCAUUUCCAGCUUGGACUGUCUGUCCAGCAUAGUUGAGCGCAUCAGCACAGAGCCAGCGGCGCCCCCUGCAGGAGACAGCGUGGUCCCCCAGGGCCCCGAAUGUCUUCACAGCGGCCCUGCAGCCUCCAGUCCAGCUGCUGAACCGGACAGCGCCUCCGAGCCUCUGUGAACCCUGACCCUCUCCAGACUCAGUCACCUCCAUUUGUCCGGAGGCCUGAUGACAAGAACACUAAGAUUCCUGUUUUCUCCAGAGACUUAAAGAAACAAGGACUUGUAGUUUAUAUAUUUUAUAGCAUUUCUCUUACUUCUUGUGUUUGAAGAAAUUUUUUUUCUUGAA